GGAUCAUAUUAUUAAUAAACAUUUGAGAGCACUGCCACAUUUUAAAUAUACCAGUUGACCCGAUAUUCUUCUACAGUUAUGGCUUUAUCAAACAAAUUUAUUGUGGUGUUAGUUUUAUUAAAAUUGUGUUUUUGUGGAACGACCUAUUCUACAUCGGCCAACAAGAAUUUAGUUGCCGUUGUUCAGAUAUUUAGACAUGGACAGAGAACGCCAGUUCAAUUCUAUACCAAUGAUCCAUAUUCAAAUAUAACUUUUUGGGAUGGAUUAGAACCGGGACAACUCACAAAUGUAGGAAAACGUCAACAAUAUCAAUUAGGCCAAUUUUCCAGACACAGAUAUAAGGAUUGGUUAUCUUUGAUUUAUGACAAAAAUGUAUUUUAUGCACAAACGACAGAUGUAGAUAGAACUCAUAUGUCAGCACAAGCUAAUAUUUAUGGUCUCUAUCCAGCAGAAGGUGAUGAGGUAUGGAAGCCACGUUUAGAUUGGCAACCGAUUCCUAUCCAUCCGGCUGAUGCCAACGUAAUUUCAAGUUUUCCAGACUGUCCAAAUUUCAUCAAAGAAUGGGCGAAUGUUCUGUCGUCUACAUAUUUUUUAUCUCUUGAUAAAUUAUAUGCUCCUAUUUAUAAGUAUUUAACGGAAAAAUCAGGAGAUAAUAUAACCAGUUUAUCGGAAGCAAGUGAUAUUUACGAUUGUUUGAAAAUUGAAUCUGAUGUUGGGCUCAAAAUACCUGAUUGGAGUAAUAUCGUUUUCCCUCAGUACUUAAAAAAUAUAAGUGGUUAUUCAUUUAAAUCCCUUUCAUACACAACAAAACUUCAACGAUUAGGUGGUGGUCCGCUAUUAAAUGAAAUAUUGAAACAUUUUGAGAGUUUUCAAGUGAAAGCUACCAAUCCAAAGUACAAAAUCUAUAGUGCUCACGACUCUAAUAUAGCUAUGAUUCUUAAUAGUUUGGGGGCAUUCGAUCCACCCUACCCACCAGAUUUUGCAAGCAGUAUAUAUUUCGAAUUGAGAAAGAAAAAUGGAAAGUUUUACGUGAACGUCUUUAGUAAAAAUAAUAAUGAUUUCAAACCAGUUUCCAUUCGAGGAUGCGAUUUAGAUUGUCCAUUAAGUGAAGUGCGGGCAAGAUUAAGCGACAUUCUUAUUGACGUGAAACUUAGAAACGCUGAAUGUACAGAAAAUUUAUAUUUUUCGGAUAAAAUAGCUGAAGAAAGAUAUAACAAACUUAUAACAUCUGGUGAAUUGAACAAAACAAUAAUCAGAUUCUAAAAAAUAUAUAUUUUUUCCAAUAUUGAUAAUUAUUGUAUUCUAAGUGGAAAUCUUGUUUUUUUUACGGAAAUAAUAGUAACAUCUACCAUUUAUAAAAUUUCGUAGAAUGAACGGAAUCAACCUAAAACUACAGAAUAAUUUGUUAUAAUAAAUAUAUGGUUGUGUGUAUGAUUAUUAUUUUUUGAUAUUAAUAAAACAAUGCAACUUUUCUCGUAAUUGCAAUUUCCAGAGAAACAUCCUGAUAUAUAAAUAGUAUUGUUUGUUUGUACCAUAUGUAAUAGUUCAACUACUCUCACAACAACAUUUUUGUCAAAUUAAAUGUCUCUAAUCAAACAUCUCUUGACAUUGUUGCGAAGCGUAUAAUAAAAAGAAUAAAGUUCUAUGAACAGAAAUUUCAUGGCACUACUAAGAAAUAUGAAAGGAUAUACAUUUGGUUCAGCGGUUAGUAAAACCGCCAAAGAAAAGAAUAGCAAAUAGGAAACAGAAGUAUGAUACUGAAGCGUUAAAAGGAGAAAUAAAAAAUGUAGAAGGAUGUGAACGAAUUACAACCCACUGAAUGAUGAGAGAGUGUAGAGAGAUGAAAGUAGCUAGUGAAAAAGUAUUCCAUAUGAAGAAAAGCUGAGAAUAAUUAUAAUAAAAAAUGGGGAAAAAUUACCGAAGAAAACAGAAGGUUAAGAUAAUACCUAACUGUUCAAAAUUAAAAUAAACAAAUGAAGACACAAUGAUAAUAACAGACAAUUAAGGAAUCAGAUAAUUUCAUCCAGAAGUAAAGAAAAUGAAGGAAUAAUGGUAUAGAUUUGCUUUGUUACAGGAUGUAGCGUCGGUGGUACAAUUUCAUAAUAUACACAUGUCGGUCCAGUGGAAAGUGGUACCUUCACAAACUCAUGAAUAUCCAAUAUCAAUUUAUUAUUCGAAAAUUAUCAAAGACAUAAGAUAAUUUAUUGUCACAAUAACGAAAAUUAUAUUAUACUCCACUGUAGAAAAAAUAUUAAUAUUCAAGCUAUACUAUCAAAACACUCAAUGUGUUAAACAUUCGGCAAGAAGAUUUGAUUAAUCAAUUUAAUAGGUCGGAGAAAAAACUGAGAUCAGCGAAAUACUAAGAAAUUGAUAGUUCAAAGCUUCAAACAAAGAAUUCGGAUACCAACGUCCAGGGUGAAUUGAAACUACUGAAAUGUAUCAGCAUCUAAUUUUCGCCGAAUUGUAAAGAUGAUACCGAUACUUGGUUUGUGAAAAUAUAGAAAUUUGUUGAUUUAAAGCAAGCUUUCAUAAUUCAAUGUAUUUUUUCCACUUGUAAUCUAAUGUUAACUUGAUUAAGAGACAUAACUAUAGUUAUUGGCUUGAAGAGAAUCUCUAUCCAUUUACGUACACAAAAGUCUCAGAAAAUUAAUGUAACUCUGAUAUUACUGAAACUAAUUUUUUCAGAGCUUAGAAUUGGUAAUAAUAAUAAAACAUAAAUGGCACUUCAGUUGCAUAUCUUACGACAGGGCAUUGUCAUUGAUUACUGACAUCGUAAAUAUAUACAAAUGACUUAAAAGCAUCUGAAAAUAGGUUGUAUCAUAGAAUGGAAGUCAACAGAGGACAUUUGCAGCAUUUAUAGUUGUUACUUCACAGUAAAUGAUCAAAUUUGAAUAAGUACGUCCCUCCACUCGUUUUCCUUGUAGCAGCUCGGCCGGUAAACUACGUCAACAGCGCCGAUUGUCAGAUUAAAGAAAUAGAUUCCCGUAGAACUUAUUUAUUAUUGCGCAUUUGUUGCUGUACGUGUUUUUAGAAAUGCCUGUUCAAAAUAUCAAAUAUGGAUAUUAUACUUUGUCAAAAUGUGAAAAUACCACAAAAAUUACAACAAAUAAAGUAUUCAUUAGUGUGCCAAAAUGAGAUAAAGUACAGAAACAGAGGUGUAAUGCAAUGAACAGGGAUAAUAUGUAAUCGGUUUUGUUGUGAAGAUUAUUUCAAGGUUAGUUAAGGUACCGCAUAGUGUUGUAUUUUUAGUUAUAUCAGCACACUUGCUAAAUUAAAGGGUUUGUUACUGCUACAUUCAAUUGUCUUGUGAUAAAAAUUUAUUACAGGGAAUCAUUGGUUACUUUUCAAAAUUACUGAAAAACAGUGAAAUAGGUAUUGUAUUUCUUGUGAAUAUUGAUAUAAAUCAUCAAAGGACAAAGGGGUUCUCCAAAUUUUCUCACUAUUACAAAGUAAUACGAGUAUAUAUUAGUACAUUUUUUGUGUGUCUGUACUCCUAAUGAUAAAAAAAUACACAGGUGAAUAUACCUCAAUGAAAAAUUCCACAAUAAUAAGAUAUUCCGAUUUUCUCCUCUAUCCAGUUAUCAAUUUGAAGUUUAACGAUGGCUUCUUUGGUACAUUUCAAAGUCUACUUAACUAAAUUCACAUAGAUUAUGUUAAGAUUCUUCAAUAACUGUAUUUAAAACUCUUCCAUAUGUAUCUUCAGUGUUGAUCUCUUCGAGAUAUCUUUGAUUUUCCAAAAUUUAACAGAUAUACCUGCUGAAGACAAUUUUGAUUUCGACCAUUAGCGCGUUACAGAAGUCAGAGCUGGUUCUUUGCCUCAAAGACAAAAAUGCAAUAACAUGCUUGCAGGACAAUUGGAAUCACUGAUAUGGUUUUGUUACAAAUUCAAUAAACACAUACGGUGUUUUACGAACCUAGUGUGGUGAACCCAAGACUAAGUAGCUUUUUAUAACCACGAGGUUUGUUAAAAAAUACAAUAAUAAUUUAAGACCUCAAAAAUCCCGGAAAAGACUAAAAGCUGGAAUAGAGUUAGUAAAUACAAUUUGAUUUGAUUUUUUUACAUAACUUAACAAAAAAAAUAUUUCUUAGUGCUUGAAUGAACGGGUCAACAUAAAAUUUAGUCCUCACCUGCAUCUCUAAAAAUAUAGUUUAAUAUCUGCAUAACGGUGAGGUUUAGGUUUAAAAAAGUAUGUAUGAAUUGGCCUUAUUUUUCACCCCUGAAUGCAUUUAAAUCGAUAAAACAGGGUGGUACUAAUUAAAAAAUAACGUAAUUUCAUAUUUAUGAAGUUGAACUUUGAACACAUUUUAUACAUACCCUGUAUAAAAUGAAAAAUUUUCAACUUAGAUUCAAAUACAUCUAGCCUUGCUGAAAGCGACACUCUGGUUCUCCAAGACCUAAGAAGUUUCGUCUCCAAAAAUCUACUGGAAAAGUUCUUGCUUCAGAUUUGUUGGGAUUGCCAUGGAGUAAUCAUGAUUGAUAUUUUCGAUAAGGGUAGAACAGAAACUGGAAAUUACUAUUCGACAUUCUUGACCACUCUACGGGAAAAAAUUAAAGAGAUAAGACGCGGAAAGCUAUCCAGGUGUUUUGUUUUGCAGGACAACGCCCCUGCAAACAAAUCUCAUGUUGCCAUGCAAAAAAUUCGUAAUUUAGGGUUUGAAUUACUAGAACACCCCCCGUAUUCACCAGAUUUGGCUCCGUCAGACUAUCAUCUCUUGCCUCAACUGAAAAAAAGUUUAAAAGGUCGUAAAUUUUCUUCCAACGAGGAGAUAAUAAAAGCUGUGCUGGUCUGUUUUUCAGAGCAAGAAGAAACAUUUUUUUAAGGGUCUAGAGACGUUGCCGGUUCGCUGUAAUGAAUGUAUCCAAUUAAAAGGAGAAUAUGUUGAGUGAUAAAAUAUUUUGACAUUGAAAUUUUGUUUGGUUCUAUAGUAGGCUAAGAAUUUUUCAAUAUAUUCUCGUUGAUGUAUGAAGAACUGACCAGUUUGUAAUUGAAUUAUAAGAAUGCAUUGUGAGGAUGACUGGUUUUAUAUUAUCUGACGAUUUGGAAGUUAGUAGUUUUUUUCUACUGUUCAAAAUACUGUUCAAUCAUGUUAAUUGGAGUUUCUAUUUUUCUUGUCCUAUCGAGGUUGGUAUUAUGAGGUUGGCAAUUAAAUACUUUUGAUUUUUACUGAUAGAGAGCAUUGCUUUAUUUUUUGACUAGCCUGCAUGUGUUUGUGCUGUACUUUGCCAUUUGUCACGUGAUACUGGUCACAUUGACGUAACUUUAGAAGCGAGUAGUGCGUGAUUUUUAUCAAAAGUUUUGAGUUAAGUUUAAAUGGAGUGCAUAAACGAGCAUUUUUCGGCAUAUUUCACGUUUUUAUUUCCAAUGGAAGAAAGCUGUUGUGAAAUUUAUGAUGCUGAUUGCACGUGUCCGAAUUAGUAUAAAAAAUUCUGUUCUGCAGAUUUUCCCUUCAAGGGUAAGCAGCGUUCUGGUUGGCUAACUGAAGUUGUUGAUGACCAAAGUCAUAAUUGAAGAAGAUCGUCAUAUAACUUCGAUAUAUUGCAAAGACGCUAUAUGUAUCGCACACAACAAUUGAAAAACAUAUAAAAUAUCUUGGGCUACUUAAGAAGCUUCAUAUUUGAAAUUAAACUGACCCAUUCUUGAAAAUAAUUGUCCUGUAUAGUAACAUAGUUCAAAAACGAUCAUGGAGCAAACAUGAUGGACCAGCACAAACCAAAUCGAAAGAUGGAAAACAACAAAAAAGAUCAGACUGUCAGUUUGGUGAGAUUUCAAAGGUGUUGUAUUUUUGAGCUGCUUCCAAUGAACCAAACGAUCAAUUCUGAUCUUUACAGUCAACAAUUAAUGAAACUGGAUGAAGCAAUCAAAUAAAAUGGCCAGAAUAGUCGAAUCGGAAAGGUUUACUAUUGCACCAUGAUAAUGUAAGGCCUCGCACAUCUUUGGUAACUCCUGGAAAACUAUUGGAGCUUGUUUGGGAAGUGAUGCCACCCCUCCCAUACAGCCUUGAUUACCAUUUAUUUCGAAUUUUACAAGGUCAUUGAGUAAAAUGGAAAAUAUAUAAUUAAUUAAAAACUAUUCUUAGCUAGAAAAAAGUGUUGUUUAUUUUAUGUUAUUUCAUUCUACAAAACCGAAAUUACUUUGUUGCCACAUUAUAAUUAUUAUAAUGAAUUUGUCUUUUAUUUGAAAUAGACUUUUGAACCAGGUCUUAACAAUGUCUCCAAUAACAUCUUGUAAUAUAUAAAUAAAGUGAUUGUUGCUACUUUGUUUUUUGAUACAUAAAUAAAAUUAAAUAUUUAUCAUUUUCGGUACAAAAAUCAAUAAGGGUGGAGUGA